GUUUGGUACUUUACAGUAUUCUGAAUACUACUGAAUGUGGAACUGUCUGUUGUGUUGCAGGAUAUUUUGCAUUUUCGUGAAGAAAAGUGUGUAAUAACCAUCUUUUUAUAUCACUAUUAUCCAAUCUUUCGAGCCAUGACUUGAAGAUAUUUGGGAGGAGAUACUACAACUGUUUUCGCUUGGUCAUUACAGAAAGUAUUAUGAGUGUAAAACACAAGGCCAACUAAAGAUUCUCAUGAUCUGAUCGUAUCCUGCUCUGUUCCAAUGACAUGACGUGGUACUGAUAGUAUGUAUAUGUUGUUCUAGGGCUACGGUCUGAAGGAUGAAAGUGCAGCUCAGCAGGUGGUUUAGGUGGAGGCUCUGACCUCUUCUGUUCAGGGUUGUUUUCCUUGCAUUGUUGGCCGGCCCCUGUGUUGUAUGGAAUUUCAGGUUUGCCCUUCUUUGAUAUUUGCAUGAGAAAGUCUGUGAAGCUCGAAACGCUGAACCGUCCUUAAGAUGCACUCAAAGUCAAAGAAUGUGUUUCUAUAGAGUAAAUAGGUGUGAACGAUGCCCAGCGGCAGCAUCAGUCUGUUUGUUUUUGUUUGUUUGUUUUUUUUAAAGUCAAUGAGCGCACCUUUAGAGCCACAGAGUCAGAGACAAGAGAGGCUGUGGAACUAAAGCAAAAAACAAACCAACAAAAUUACCCAGAAAACUGUUAGAAAUUAUUGUAUCAAACAGUGUCUUUAGUAAAAACAAGCAGGUGUUGGCUCUUGUUAUUGUUACCUGAUACAGUAGUUGUGACACAUGGGUAAUAAACUAAAUAAUACAGACAUAUGUCACAUCAUGUCCCAUACACAGCCUCUAUUAUUAGACCACAAACUAUUUACAGGCAAAGACGUGGGGCAAUCCAUGCCCUUGAAGUUCUGACCAUGGAAACCUGAGAGCUGUUUUGUACUUUAAAAUUUUUUUUUUUUAAAUCACAGGGGGUGUUGUGGAAAGUUAUGCAUUUUCACAAAACUGCUGUGAGAAAAAUUUACUCCAAAUAAUAUCUUUUGUUGUCUGUAUUGCAGUAACAGGCUGAAAAAGCAAGUACUCUUCCACCAGAUGGCAGCAGAUUACUGUAAAAACUCAAAAAGUGAGAAACGUUUUGAGGAAAGUCAGAGACGUUCAAGGGUCUAUGGGUGUUUCUUUUUUCAAUUCCUGACAGUUUAUCAAUGCUGUGUUCAACUAAACGGGCCCAGGUUUUACACAGAGUAAGUUAAGUGUGAGUAUUUAAUGACAUAAACCUUUGGGAAACCAUUUUGUUUGUGAAAAAUGGAAUAUUGUAUGUGCAGCGGUUGUCGUUAGGCCAAAGGCAACAUAAGAGUAAUUAUAGUUUAUUUUAUAGCCUUAUACUGUAAUAAAGACAUGCAGGGAUAUGAGUCUUCCUGAAUGAUUAGGUUUACUAUCAGUACCUGGGUUCCUUUGAUAGCAGGACCAAUGAUACUGAUGUAGUACAUACAUAGUACAUCGUUUUCCUGGCUUUGUUGGCUUUAUUAGUUUAAGUCUGUUUCCACACAGUGGUUUCAUCUUUGUGAUCAAGAACCUUGAUUGGCCAAGUUUUUUCUUCGUCUUCUUCUUCUAAUUAUCUCACAAUAGUUUUACUCUUCCUUCAAAGAGUACUUAAGUGUCUGUACUCAGUCUCUCUGUGUCCCCUCGACCCAAACUGUUAUGUCUCACUGGCAGCAUUGUUAAUGGGAUUAGCCUGCACUACCACAACCCUGACCUGCUGAAACCUUUUGUCUUCCUCUCGUUGCCUUCAGCCUUGGCCAGCCCACAACCCAUUGUUUUAGCCUUGCUUUGAUGAGUUUGGAUAAAGCCUUUCUCUAAGUCUGACAGCACUGUAGUGCAGCGGCGAAUGUCGCCUGUUCGUUUCCACUUAAUGAAUGUAACUGAAGUGAAGGUGAAGGCUGGACACAGAGGAGAUUAUUUUUUUUUCAUUCUUUUACAACCUGAAUAUACAGUGAUCCGGUCAUGCCUCCUGCCGCAGCGUCCAAACUGGACUACGUCCCACCCGACGGGGGCUGGGGGUGGGCUGUGGUGUUGGGUGCUUUCAUCUCUAUAGGCUUCUCCUACGCCUUUCCCAAGUCCCUGACCGUGUACUUCAAGGAAAUCCAGGCAUAUUUCUCUGUUUCCUACAGUCAGAUUGCGUGGGUUUCCUCAGUCAUGCUCGCUACGAUGUACGCCGCAGGCCCUAUCGCUAGUAUACUGGUCAACCGCUAUGGCAGCCGUCCAGUGGUCAUGGUGGGGGGGCUGAUGGUCAGUGCUGGCAUGAUACUAGCAUCUUUUGGCACUUCUAUCGUACAUCUGUAUCUGUGUGUUGGAGUCAUUGGAGGUUUGGGCCUGGCCUUGAACCUGCAGCCGUCCUUGACAAUCGUAGGGUCCUACUUCCUGGUCAAAAGGCCGCUGGCCAACGGGCUGGCCAUGACAGGAAGUCCGGUCGUUCUGUUCACUCUGGCUCCUCUGAAUCAGUUUCUGUUUGACUCUUUUGGCUGGAGAGGGAGCUUUCUCAUCCUGGGAGCCAUCGUUAUGAACUGCUGCGUGGCCGGAGCUCUGAUGAGACCUGUCAACAAGAACAUCAAACCCAUACCAAAGACUGCACCACCGAACGGCGAGGUCUCUGAGGAAAAGCAGGACGAGACCAAGAGCGAGGGCUGUUUGAAAAGAUUCGUCGACGUGUCACUCUUCCGACACCGAGGGUUCCUCAUUUACCUCAUCGGAAACUGCGUCAUGUUUUUCGGCCUUUUCGCACCUGUGGUAUUCCUGGCACCCUACGCCCGGCACCAGGGGAUUGAUGAAUAUUCCUCAGCUUUACUGCUCUCCAUUUUUGCUGUGGUGGAUAUGUUUGUCAGACCAUCAACCGGCUUCCUCGGGAACACCAAGUGGAUCCGGCCGAAGAUCCAGUACUUCUUCAGCUUCGCCGUGUUGUUCAACGGCGUCUGUCACCUCCUGUGCCCUCUGGCCCAGGGCCACGCAGGCCUGAUUGUUUAUACAGUGUUUUUUGGUAUCGCUUUUGGGAUGCUUUGUGCUCUUCUCUUUGAAACUCUGAUGGACCUCAUCGGAGCGCAGCGUUUCUCCACCGCAGUCGGACUCGUCACCAUCAUCGAGUGCGGACCGGUUCUUCUCGGACCUCCGAUCUGCGGAGCCCUGGUGGACUCCCUCGGCGACUACAAGUACUUGUUCUAUAUGUGCGGUAUCAUCCUGGUAGGUUGUGGUCUGUUCUUCUUCAUCAUGCACUACUACAACUACAAGAAACUGGAGGAGGAGAAGGACAAGAGCGCCUCUGUGGAAACCAGGACCCCUGAGGAGGAGGAGGUGGAACUCAAACCGAGCCCAGGGACACAUGAUGAAGACGGGAGCGGCCGACGGGGGCUCCACUGUCUCAGAGGUUCUUUUGGUUCCAAGGACAGUUUCUCCGGAGUCUGUGGCCAACGUGAUGAGUGUGUUGACUGUCACAGCUGCCUCCCUGCGUCUGCCAAAGGUCACGGGGGUUAACGGUCCCAGCGAAGAAGUCCAGAUGCUUGUUUUCCCUCCAGCAGCUCUAACCAUUUCUUCUGGAAGAAUCCCUGAGAGUUCCCAGACCAGCUGGGAGAUAUAAUCACUGCAGUGCAUCCUGGGUCUGCCCUGGGGUCUCUUCCUAGGUAGACUCUCCUGGAACAUCGCCCGAAGGAGACAUCAUCUAACCAGGUCCGUUUCUCACUGACUCUGAAUUCACUUCCACGUCGUCCACGCCUCGACCAAUGAGAUCGUUUGGAACAUUCACCAGAACGUCACAAGUGGCGUGUGAUCAGGUGGAGUGUCAGCUCGCCGUCUAUUCCAGAGGCAGACAUGUGAUACAGUCUUUACACUCAGCCAGGCUGCACAGGAACAUUAGUUUCUCAGUGCUCGCUGAAGGGAGACACAGUGAGAGCUGCUGCUGCUGCUGCUGCUGCUGCUGCCGCUGCUGC